UUGCGCAUUAAAUUUUAAAUCGCAGCAAAUAACCGUUACAGCGCACCAGACCAAUCAAGAACGCGUCGCGAGACAAACUAACGUCGAAAUAAAUAUUUAACUUACACUGUUAUGAUGCUACCCGAGACGUUAAUGCAAUUAACUAAUUGGAUUAGUUGUUAGCCAAAAGCAAUUACACAUUUUGGGAAAUAUUCAAAACUCGCGCGCGCUUUACAAGCACACGCAUGCGCAAAAAUGAGGGCUGCCAACUCUUUAAAACUUAGCACUUUACAGCACUGCAUGGUCACUUAACAGAAAUACUCCUGGCUGCUUAACAGAAUGUUAAUAGAUAUUCCAGUUAGCGCAAGCUCGGAUUUUAUUUUGUCAAGUGUAACAAAAAUUCCAAAACUAGUGACAGUCAUCUUUAAUUUGUAUGGAAAAUAAGAGAUAUUAAUAAAUAUGUUAUACGUGACUUAGUAUUGCAAAAGUAAUCGAUAUAUAUCGAUACGAAACGAGCAUCAACGCACAGCUGUUAAGCGUGCUAUUUGACAGCUGUUCAGUCGCAAAUAAAUUUGUGGCCGCAAGGAUUUGCUGCAUUUGAUUUUAAUAAUUAACUCAACAGCCAGACGCCAAAAUGAGCCACAGGCACAAGUACUAAUAUUAAAGCGCAUAAUGGAAACCAUACCAUGUGCAAGUGAAGUGGCGCAAAUGCAUGAACACCAACAGCAACAACAAUCUGAAAGCCUUGUUAAUAUAAAACGCGUUUCGCUGCCUUUCGAGCGGCAAAGCCCCAUGGAAACGGAUAUGACGAAAGCCGAGGAUGUGGCGCAAAUGCUAAAACAGAAGCCGCAGCACGCGGGCACUCUUGUUGGCGUCGCGGCACAGGCACAGCUUGUGAAUCUCAGCAGCAUGGACAGCCUCUGCGAGAAUGUGGUAAACAUACCCAAGGAACUAAUCCUCAUAUCGAUGGUAUCACAGGAGCAGGCUCUUUACAAUCCCAAGCAUCAGCUCUAUCGCAGCACCAAGAGCAAGGAUGAAAAGUGGAGUGAAAUUGGCAGCCAUGUGGGCUGGACAGAUGCGCAAUGUAAGGCCAAGUGGAAGGCCAUGAGGGACCAAUAUUGCCGAGAGCUAAAACGCUCCAAAACGAAUACCAAAGGCAACGUCAAGUGGAAGUACUUCAAGGAGCUGGACUUUCUGCGUCCCUAUGCGCUGUCACGCAACUAUCGAUCACGUGGCUCGCUGAACGGCAAUGGAAAUUUGACAUCGAUGUCGCUGCCCAAUAUGAGCACAAACACGACCAGCAGCACGGCCAACGUCAAUAACAAUUCGUUUAGCAACAGCAAUAGCAGCAGCCAAAAUCUUAAUCUGACCACCGAAUGUGGCAAAUUUGCCAACAUCAAAAUAGAGGAGCGAAGUAGCUCGCUGCUGGAAAACUGCAGCUUCGUGCCGACAACAACAACGACGGUGACAACAGCAACGGAUGCUCUUGAUAAGAAACCGGAUACGUCACGUGGUAUUAACGCAUUCUUCGCUAGCCAAAUCAUGCAGCAGCAGCAUCAGCAGCAACAGCAGCAGCAGCAGCAGCCGUCACAACAGGAAACCAAUUGGAACUACUUGACUGAUGCAAGUGGCAAUGCCGUUGGCUCUGCCACAUCCAUAACGGUCACCUGCGAGACGCCGAAUCAGACGUCCGGGAAUACGCUUUACAAUGAGUUUGUGGACUGCGUAAAUGCUGCCAACGUUGUGAGUCAAUCGUCAACGCACAAUCAUCAAACGAAUGCCGAUGAGGAGGACGAUGAUCCAAUACACACGUUUCUCAAUAUGGAGAGCUACUUUGAGAAGGAGCUGAUCACACUGAUACAGCAGGAGGACAUGAUCUACAACUAUAGCAAUCAAAACUAUCGCAAUGUCAAACUAAAGCUGGAAAUCUGGGAUGAAAUAGCACGAAAACUUAAGAAGCCAGUCAAGCAAUGCCGGCAGAAGUGGAAGGCACUGCGGGACCAAUAUGCACGGGAGUACAAACGUCUGAAAACGCAGCUGCAUAUCGACGCCACGUCGCGUUGGAAGCACUAUGAUUCCCUCGGCUUUCUACAGAAAUAUAUUCAACAAAAGUCGCUUGAUGGAGACUCGCUGAACAUGCUAUUGCCCAAGCACGAACUUGAGGAGCAUAUGGCCGAAUCGCCAUUGCAGCAUUCCGAGCCACAGUCAAGCAACUUGGAUGCAUCGCAAAGUAGCUCAUCCCAGCUUAAUAUGUCCACACUGCCGCCGCUAUCGGGUCCACACAAAGUCGAACUGUCUGCCACAAUGCAGCAGCAACAGCAGCAGCAGAAUGUGCAGCAGCCCAACGAUCUGUGCGUGACCAGUUACGAUGAAAUGGAUAUAGAAAACUAUAUAAACGGCGAUGUGGUGCAUGAUGAUGAGGGUGAGGAGAACGAAAACGAGGAUAUGGAGACGACGCCAACACCCGAACAACCCACACAACAACAACAACAACAACAGCAACAACAGCAUGUAGUUAACUAUGAGAAUAAUGAUGAUUCCGUUUAUUUGGCCGUUCAAAGCGUUAGCAAUGUUCUAUCCAAGUCGGAGCCCCUCAAUGAGACGGGCAGCAACCUGGAGCCACAGCAGCAGCUGCAACAACAACUACAAGUAGCUGGCGAAUAUACGCAAAAGCUGGAGGUGCACACGCCCACCUCGACCAGCACACGCUUUCAAAAUACGGCCAAUACGCCAUCAACAUCUAGUCAGGCUGUCUUUCCAAUGGGCGCUUGUUCUAUGGCUGCAGAGGAGGAUGAAAUCGGUGCCUUUUUCAAGGCCGUUGCCAUGAAAAUACGCAGUGCACAAUUGGAGCCCGUGGCUUUUACUGAUCUGCAAAUUGAGAUAUUGCGAGUCAUUAACGAGGCGCUGCGUAAUCACUAGAAACAAGCGAAGGACGCAGAGAUCAAGAUCUCGAUGAACCCAAAAAAUGGCUAGAAUGCGUUGCGCGUUUUAGCUGUUAAGUGUUAUUUUGAAGAAUGAUUUGGAUUAUUAACUUGAUUUAUGAUUUCUCCUUGUCAUUUUUUCAUUCGCCACAAACACACAUGCCCACAACGAAAAAAAAAAUAUUUAUUUUUGUAUAUACAAAAAGUAAUGUAUAACACAAAAUUGUUUAAAAAAAAACUGAUAACAAACUUAAUAUGUACACUUACGAAAUGGAACAGCAACAUAGUGAACGAAGAAUAUAGUAUAUUUAAAAAAAAAA